AUGGCCCCCAAGUUUGGUGUUGUUCAAGAAGACUAUUUCUAUGAUCUCGAAUGGACACUAGGUAUGGACACAUCCUUUAUAGACAUCUUGCUUGAUGAAAAAUCGAUUGGUGCAUUCGUCCCUCAUUCUUCGAAUGAGGAGUCCUUGGCUACAACCACAAAGAGGAUCAAUGCCUCUUUUGGUAAGAAUUUCACGGUUUCAUAUAUGAAGUAUUUUUUAGAAAUUCUGUUGAAAAAGCACAACACUUUUUCAACUCUAAUACGUAAGCAUGACGUUCGUUAUGACGAGGAAACAAACAUGCUGCACGCAUCAGACAAUACAUGGUAUGAAUUAUUUCGGUGGGAAGAAUUUACUCUGGCAUAUUUUGAGAAAGGAGAUCCAAGUUGGGCAGAUUUGAAAGCCUUGUUCCAUAUUGAGCAACCAUAUGUGCCUCCUGUUGAACUACACAUCAUUUCGGAUGACGAUGAGGGAGAUGUUGGAAAGAAUGUCCGUGUGCCGAAAAGAUCAACAACUAUGAUGGGUGUCGAAUCCAACAAUAAUAAAUUCCUGCAUAUAAAAUAA